UGGGUACAAAUGGAUAAAAAAAAGGUCAUGUUGGUUAAUAGUGGGGUCGUUUUUUUCUUUCUCUUAAGAUUACGGUUUAUACUACGAUCUGCGGGCACAGGUCAGCAGGUGCUGGGGCGGAUUGUGCCAUGGGGUUGUAGGCUGGCGUGUUGGCUGAUGAGGGUUGUUCAGGGGUUGUUUUUUUGUUGA